UCGCUCGAGUGAGAUAACCACAACAAAACUCUUCGUCAUCACUAGCUAAGUUUUCCCUCUCUUCUCCCACCUUUUUAUCUCGCACAACCCUAACCUCUCCCCCUCAAUCCUCACCCACCCCCCCCCCACACUCUCUAUAAACUUCGCACGAUCUCAACAAACCCUAAACCUUUCUCCAAACUCCAAAAUCUCUCUGAAAAACCACUGAGAGACUCUUCAUUCUCCCUCUGAUUCGACGAUGGAACCUCCUGUCGUGAGAUCCAGGGGCCGCCCACGCAAACGGAGGAGAGAAGACGAAGCAACCGUCACUGGUGACGCGAAAACGCUUCCCGAGGCAAAGAAGACGACGCCGGUUGCAUUGAUUGGACGAUACGUGCUAAAAGAGUUUCGAAGAAACACGGUUCUUCUAGGCAAAGUCGCGCGUUAUGUUAGUGGACUGUACAGAGUCGUAUAUGAGAGUGGCGGUUUCGAGGAUUUAGAUAGCAACGAGAUUCGUAGGAUACUUCUCCUUGAUAGUUAUUUCGACGACGAUUUGAUUCGGAGGAAGGUUGAAUUGGAGGAAUCGGUGUUGCCGAAGAUCACAGCAGAGGAACCGGAGAAAGGUUCGAGCGAAUUGCAAGGUGAAUUAUCGGUUGACAAUGAAGAGGAACGAGCUGAGACGGAUGAUGAUGAGGCCAGGGAUUCGAGUUCCGGUGCGGAAAUGCCGGAAAAGGCGAUACCGUCGCCGCUGAUGCUGCCGCCGUCUUCCGGAACAAUUGGCGUGCCGGAACCGUGUGUUUUGAAUCUCUUUUCGGUUUACGGAUUUUUAAGAUCGUUUAGCAUUCGCCUGUUUCUUAGUCCGUUUACUUUGGACGAGUUUGUUGGUGCUUUGAACUGUAAAGUUUCGAAUGCGUUGCUUGAUGCAAUUCACGUUUCGCUGAUGCGUGUUUUGAAACGUCACCUUGAAAACAUUUCACCAGAUGGCUCGCGGCCUGCAACAAAAUGCCUUAGGUGCAGUGAUUGGAGUUUGGUUGAUGCUUUGACUUGGCCUGUUUUUGUGUUUCAGUAUUUAGCAAUUUUUGGAUACACAAAAGGACCUGAGUGGAAAGGAUUUUAUGACGAAAUCUUUUAUGGCGAGUAUUAUUUAUUGCCUGCAAGUAGGAAAUUGACGAUAUUGCAAAUUCUCUGUGAUGAAGUUUUGGCGUCUGAGGAGCUAAAAGCUGAAAUGAACAUGCGUGAAGAAUCAGAGGUUGGGAUUGAUCAUGAUAAUGAAGAUUGCCUUCCUGCUGAAAAUGGGCCUAGAAGAGUCCAUCCAAGAUAUUCCAAAACUACUGCCUGCAAGGAUGCUGAAACUAAGAAGUAUGUUUCAGAAUUGAAUGCUGAGGAGGAUGAUGUUGAUGGCAAUGGAGAUGAAUGUCGCUUGUGUGGCAUGGAUGGGACCUUGCUUUGUUGUGAUGGUUGUCCUGCUGUUUAUCAUUCAAGGUGUAUUGGUGUGAUGAAGAUGCAUAUACCAGAAGGGGCAUGGUAUUGUCCGGAGUGCAAAAUAGAUAUGAUUGGGCCUACUAUUGCACGGGGAACAUCACUUAAAGGGGCUGAAGUAUUCGGAAAGGAUUUGUAUGGGCAAGUUUUCAUGAGUACUUGCAACCACUUACUGGUGCUCAAUGUCAACAGUGAUGGCUUUUGUCUUAAAUACUACAAUCAGAAUGACAUACCUAGAGUUCUCCAAGUCCUUUAUGCAUCUGAGCAACAUAGACCUAUAUACAAUGGUAUUUGCAUGGCGAUGUUAGAAUAUUGGAAUAUUUCAGAAAAGUUCUUACCCAUUUGUGUCAGUAGACUAACUCCUAUGGUCGAAGAAGAGCAUAAAGCUGUUAGUUCGGUGAAGGAAGAAUACAGUUUAAUGUUUGGGAAUGGGAUUUGUGGUGAUAAUUUGGUGCCAUCUCUUGAUGCUUCAUUGGUUACAACUCGAAGUCCUGCUCCUGGAAGCAGUGGCAAUGCAAGAACUACUGUGAAUCUGAAGCUUAAUGAGGAAACUGCAAUGGAUUCGACUGUUUCAACUGUUAACCAUCAUCACUCUGACCCAAAGUGCCAAAAUUCUGUUAAUAGGUCAGCUGCAGUAAGCCCUGUCAAGUGCUCCUUGGUAAGCAGACAAUUUAAUAAUUAUGGGCACGCAAAUGACGUAGGGUUGCCUAUGAAUUUGUCUUUGCAAACUAAAGGCGACCAAUCUGGUUUUGGAAAGUGCAAAGGCAGUUUAACUAAUGAUUUUGUGUACAUGGGUUGCUCCUAUAAACCACAGUCAUAUAUUAAUUACUAUAUGCAUGGUGAUGUUGCUGCGUCUGCUGCUGCUAACCUGGCUGUUCUUUCUUCAGAGGAUUCUAGAUCAGAGGGUCAUGUGUCUGGCAACUUGGGGAAAGCAACAUCUGGAAACACUUAUUUGCUAGCAAAAGCAUUCUCCCAAACAGCUUCACGCUUCUUUUGGCCAAGUUCUGAAAAGAAGCUUGUGGAGGUUCCAAGAGAGAGGUGUGGCUGGUGCAUUUCUUGCAAAGCCUCUGUUUCAAGCAAGAAAGGAUGCAUGUUAAAUCAUGCUGCUAUAAGUGCCACCAAAAGUGCAAUGAAAAUCCUUUCUGGUCUUGCUCCUGUAAGGAGUGGAGAAGGAAUCAUCCCUAGCAUUGCAACAUAUGUUAUGUAUAUGGAGGAAAGUUUACGUGGCUUAAUAGUUGGACCCUUUCUGAGUGAAUGUUAUAGAAAGCAUUGGCGUAAACAAGUUGAACGAGCCAAAUCAUUUAGUGAUAUAAAGCCCCUUUUACUCAAACUUGAGGAGAACAUUCGAACAAUUGCUUUUUGUGGAGACUGGGUGAAGUUGAUGGAUGAUUGGUUGGCUGAAUUUUCUACAAUGCAAAGUGCUACAUGUACUCUUGGAACAACACAAAAACGUGCAACUUGUGGGAAGCGUAAGAAACAGUUAUCUAUCAAUAAAGUUACAGUUGGUGGUUGUCAGGAAAAUUUUGCAUGGUGGCAUGGUGGGAAAUUUACCAAAUCUGUAUUUCAGAAAGCUGUUUUGCCAAAAUCCAUGGUAAAAAAAGGAGCCCGCCAAGGUGGUUUGAGGAAAAUUUCGGGUAUAUUCUAUGCUGAUGGCUCUGAGAUUCCUAAAAGAAGCAGGCAGCUAGUUUGGAGAGCUGCAGUUCAAAUGAGUAGGAAUGCAUCUCAGCUGGCACUUCAGGUCCGAUAUCUAGAUUUUCAUAUCAGAUGGAGUGAUCUGAUUCGUCCUGAGCAUAACCUCCUGGAUGUGAAAGGUCAAGAUACUGAAGCUUCUGCUUUUAGGAAUGCAAAUAUUCGUGAUAAAAAAUUUGCAGAGGGAAAAUUUUUGUACAGAGUAGCCUUUGGAAUCCAGAAACAUCUUCCUUCUCGGGUAAUGAAAAAUGCUGAAAUAGAGCAAGGUCCCGAAGGAAUGGAAAAAUAUUGGUUUUCUGAAACACGCAUUCCUUUAUAUUUGUUAAAAGAGUAUGAAGUACGUAAUGGAAAAGUGCUAUCUGAGAAAGAGUACAUGCAUAUUACAUCUCAUAUGCACAAAAGGCGGUUGACAGCUACCUACAAGGACAUAUUUUUUUACCUUACCUGCAAGAGAGACAAGUUGGACAUGUUAUCAUGCUCUGUAUGUCAGCUGGGUGUUUUAAUUGGGAAUGCUCUCAAGUGCAGUGCUUGUGAAGGUUAUUGUCACAUGGGGUGUUCCGUGAGUUCGACAGUCUCUACAUGUGAAGAAGUUGAGUUCUUGGCCACAUGCAAACAAUGUCAUCAUGCCAAAUUACUUACUCAAAAACAGUCCUGUUAUGAAUCUCCAACUAGUCCCUUACUUUUACAAGGACAAGAACGUAGCACUUCGGCAGUUCUGAAGGGGCCAAGGCCUAAUGGUGAUGGUCAAGGAUUGAUGUCUGCUAAGACAAAGAAUAGUCGACUUGACAUGAAACGAGUUGCUUCUGAUUUCCCUUUGGAAACAAAAGGCCGUAGCAGAAGUUGCUCUUGGGGUAUUAUAUGGAAAAAGAAGAAUAAUGAAGAUACAGGCUUUGAUUUCAGGCUCAAGAACAUUCUUCUAAAGGAAGGUUCAGGCCUGCCUCAACUGGAUCCUGUUUGUCGUUUGUGCCAUAAACCAUAUAGAUCUGAUCUAAUGUAUAUUUGCUGUGAAACAUGCAAACAUUGGUAUCAUGCUGAAGCUGUUGAACUUGAAGAGUCCAAACUUUUUGACGUGCUGGGCUUCAAAUGUUGCAAGUGCCGCAGGAUAAAGUCGCCUGUGUGUCCUUACUCUGAUUUGUACAUGAUGCAAGGGGGCAAGAAGUUGCUCACAAGGGCUUCAAAGAAAGAGCACUUUGGGGCAUAUUCUGAUUCCGGUACACCUAUCGACACGAGAACAUGUGAGCCUGCAACUCUUAUCUAUCCUACAGGGGAUGUCUCUAGACAAGACAAUGAUCCUCUGUUUUUCUCCCUUUCAAGUGUUGAGCUGAUUACAGAACUCCAGUUAGAUGCAGAUGAUGCAGGUAAUACUGUCUCUGGUCCAGGGCUUCCGAAAUUACCUAAAUGGGAGGGGGAGAAUAAUGGUUCUUUUAUAGGUAAUCUUCAUGCUGAGUUUUCAACAAGCAAUGCAAUGGUGUCCAAAUCUGUAAAAGAUUUAUCACCUGUAGAAUAUGGCUCUGCUGACUGCAAUCUUCUGAAUAACUCUGAAAUUGUAAAUUUUGAUGAAUUGGUGGAUUUUGAACCUAAUACCUACUUCUCUCUGACUGAACUGCUCCACUCAGAUGAUAAUAGUCAAUUUGAGGAAGCCAAUGCAUCUGGGGACUUCUCAGGGUAUUUGAAAAAUUCUUGUACAUUAGGUGUUCCUGAAGAAUGUGGGACUGUUAAUUUAGCAUCCAACUGUGGAUCUACAAAUUCGUUACAAGGAAAUGUUAAUAAAUGUCGGCAAUGUUCACAAAAGGAACCGGCCCCUGAUCUCUCUUGUCAGAUUUGUGGGAUUUGGAUUCACAGCCAUUGUUCACCUUGGGUUGAAUCACCAUCUCGGCUUGGUAGUUGGAGAUGUGGUGAUUGCCGGGAAUGGCGAUAGCAGUUUUGUUUGUCAUCCUAUUGUUCAGUGAGAGUUCUCUUGGGUAUGGUGGUGUUGAGGGAUGCGGUCAUUUCCGGGGAUGGUGAGAGCAUACAAACUGACUCUCAAUUUCAGCAUUAAUCAUACAAGCUGGCUCAGUAUGCGUGCAUUGAUUGGUUCAGGUAUAUGCGAGUUGAAUCCAUUGCCACAAUGUAUACUGUGCGCUUUCAGAGGUUAAUUGGCACCUGCAGAUUGCGGCUUUCCUGCCACUGAUAGAUUGUGUUUGAGUAAUGAUGACUUGGACAUGUUUCCAGCCUGCGGACAGAAUGGUUGAAUGCUCUGGAGCCAUAUUGGUUUUUACUCCCUGUUGCAUUCUCCCUCCCAUCUCCACUUCUAAUGCUGGAUUCAUCGAAAAAUGCUCCGAUCAAUGGUGAUAGGCAGUUUUUUUAUGUUGCUUAUCUGACUCAAUUAUUUGUAUAUAUUAGAUCACAUUCUUUUGGAGGUCAAUCAAAAUUGAAACCUUCACCUCGGAUCUUAGAUCAAGCUGAGAUGCCUAGUGAGCCCCCCUUUCCUCCUUGGCCCCACCAAAAGUUAUUCUUUAUACGCUUACAAGCGCUUUCUUUCGGCUUAAUAUUCACUCCCUAGGUGCUUCAGGAUUACAUACACCGUUCUCAUGGUUCUGCUUGAAUACUAAAGAAUAUAGGCAUUUGUGAAUGAAGUGUUUAUCAUGAGUUUAUUGAUACCAUAAUUACAUUUUGUCUUUGUAGUACU